AUGCCACCGCAAGAAGUUGAAAAAAUAUGGACAUUGAUUAUGGAUCAGUUUCAAGAUAUUGAGCAUAUUGAGGUAUUUUACGAUUACGUCACAAAUACGUGGGUGGAUGAUGAUGCGUUGUUCGAUUUAUCAUUGUGGAAUUAUUUUGAGUUUAAAAGUUCAAGAACAAAUAAUAGCUUAGAAGGUUGGCAUCAUCGAUUAAAUACUGAUUUAAAUCAUAUCAUACAUCCACAUUUUUAUAUGUUUAUUCGUGCAAUUCAAAACGAUUAUGCUUAUA